UUUUUAGGCUGAGAACACAGCAGUAAAGUGUAAUAACUAAUAAGACUAUUAUAAGAGUGACUGCACAAACGGAGAACUUCGAUUUAUAGCGAUGAAUUAGCCUCGCCCAUUUGCUACACUAUGGAGAAAACAGAGAAAAGCGAUCUGAAACUGGUUUUCGAUACAUGCGCACUACUGCAGCCCGCUGGCUUGGCUAUAUUCCAGGAUAUUGCGGAGGGCAAACUAUACACGCUGCCAACCUCUGUGCUGCUGAUGAUUCCCCAUAAAGUCGACGAAGAACUCGAAAGGCUGCAAUGCGAUAAAAAUAAAGAGAAACCAAAGAAGAAUUCGAAGAAGACAUGGAAGCAAGCCAAAAAAGCUUACGAAUACCUUGAGCAAUUUAAACAGCAACGUCGCUGUGUACGUUUGCAGAGCAAGUCCUCAGCCGAUUACUUGCGGAACGUUUUCUAUCCUCCAAAGCACGGCCCAUACCGUUCGCCAUGCGAUGGCGCCAUACUGGUCUACGCCCUGUAUCUACUCCACAACACCGACACCGGAGUAGUUUGGCUGAUAACCGAGGAUAAAGAAUUACAGGCACGAGCAGCGCGCAGCGGUUUGGUUGCUAUGUCCGCCCGAGUUCUGCGGGAAGCGGUACAACUACCGCAAUACAGUGGACUGCAGCCUGACGGCGGGGAUUACCAUACCUGGUUUUCCGAAAAAUGCCGGUGUGUCAGUAAUAGUAUGGCCCAUGGCGAUGCCGUAAAGUUUGGCAAAGAGAAUUUUGACCGCCUCAUUCAGGAACGAAGCGCCCUACCGCGUACUCGGCGUAAACCGGUUGCAUCAAGUACGAGCACCAUGGCGUUGCAACAACAAGGCACUAGGAAGGAAUCAAGCAAAUCGGCUAUGGGGAUGAGUCAGACUCACUGUCAGAUGACGAUGAGUCGUCAGUGGCGUUUGGUCAGGAACAGUCGGCUCCUUCUCGGGGAAGUCUAUCCGUUAACGAGAACGCAAGCCCAGAAACAAAGCAAAGGAUUUCACAGCCUGCAGUAGAAAAAUCAUGGAUUACCGUGCCAAGCAUUCUACUUUUAUGUUUAGCUGGCACUGUAUUGAUGUUGUUCCUACAAAUUUUUCUCAUUCUUGACGGUCCAGCGCCAACUGGAUUAGCCUCCGACGAACUAACACGGGAACUACGCAAGCUAAAAAGCGCGCAUUUUUAUUGUUCUUUAGAAGUCUGUAUUCCGCGACAAUUUUAAUGAGAAAAAUACCCCUAACCCAGCUCGAAGUGGUAUAAAUCUUCCUUUAAAGUAACAUCGAUGUA